AUUUUAGAGAGUAUUUGUCUAGAUGCUACCUACAAGUAAAUACUUGUUAGCUGCCCUGAGGCGCUCUGGUGAAUUCUUUUGGUUUGGCAGUCAGUACCUCAGCUGCAGGCACGUUCCUGUUCCCUUUGGCUAAGUGGAAACUUCGAAAGGUCUGUAGUUUUUGAAACGAGAUUGAAUUCCUUCAAGUUUGUAACCUAGGACACUUAAGAACUUGGAUUUGAGUUCACAGGAUGGUUAUACAUAAAAUAAAAGAUCAAGUGCUCACAAGGUUAAAUUUCCCGAAAGCCUUACUGGAUGUAAGACAAAGGCGGGGUAUAAAACGAAAAUAAAAGUAUGCUGAGUUAGAGAGGUCAUUCUAUCUUACUCUCUGCACUCAAGACUGCUCCUGUCUGCCGACAGAAACAGAUUGGAGCCAUGGCUUUGGAACACAACCAGUCAACAGAUUACUAUUAUGAGGAAAAUGAAAUGAAUGACACUCAUGACUAUAGUCAGUAUGAAGUGAUCUGUAUAAAAGAAGAGGUCAGAAAAUUUGCAAAAGUUUUCCUGCCUGCCUUCUUCACAAUAGCUUUCAUCAUUGGACUUGCAGGCAAUUCCAUAAUAGUGGCGAUUUAUGCCCAUUACAAAAAGCGGCGAACCAAAACAGAUGUGUACAUCCUGAAUUUGGCAGUGGCAGAUUUACUCCUUCUAUUCACUCUGCCUUUUUGGGCAGUUAAUGCAGUUCAUGGGUGGGUUUUAGGGAAAAUCAUGUGCAAAGUCACUUCAGCCUUGUACACAGUCAACUUUGUCUCUGGAAUGCAGUUUCUGGCUUGUAUCAGCAUAGACAGAUAUUGGGCAGUAACUAAAGCCCCCAGUCAAUUGGGAGUGCAAAAACAAUGCCGGCUCAUCUGUUUCUGUGUCUGGAUGGCUGCCAUCUUGCUGAGUAUACCUCAGCUGGUUUUUUAUACAGUAAAUCACAAGGCUAGGUGCAUUCCCAUCUUUCCACACCACCUAGGAACAUCAAUGAAAGCAUCAAUUCAAAUGCUGGAAAUCUGCGUUGGAUUUGUAAUACCCUUUCUUAUUAUGGCAGUGUGCUACUUCAUCACGGCAAAGACACUCAUCAAGAUGCCAAACAUUACAAAAUCUCGGCCCCUCAAAGUUCUGCUCACAGUGGUCAUAGUUUUCCUUGUCACUCAGCUGCCUUAUAACAUUGUCAAGUUUUGCCAAGCCAUAGAUGUCAUCUACUCCCUGAUCACCAACUGCGACAUGAGCAAACGUAUGGAUGUUGCCAUCCAAAUCACAGAGAGCAUUGCACUCUUUCACAGCUGCCUCAACCCGGUCCUGUAUGUUUUUAUGGGAAACUCUUUUAAAAACUACAUCAUGAAAGUUGCCAAGAAAUAUGGGUCCUGGAGAAGACAAAGACAAAAUGUGGAGGAGAUUCCUUUCGAUUCUGAAGAUGUUACAGAGCCAACCAGUACUUUCAGCAUUUAAAUAUAAAACUGCUCUGUCUCUUGCUUCGAUACACAUGAAUGAGGCUUCUCCCUCAGAUAAAACAUCUGCAUUUUUCUGAAAUUCAAAUCUCAAACACUGUGGUGGCAACUUAUAACAAAGAAGAGGUUAGAGUGGGGAAGGGGAGUGGGGUAGAAGCCAAGAAAAAGAGGAAACAAAAAGUAAAUGCAUAAAACAUGGAAAUUAAAAUUAACAAUAUAGGAAAAUAGUAGUAACAGUCAUACAUAAGAAAAACACUAUAAUUUAGGUCAUCUAAAACAGAUUAUUAAAGAAAUUUAAAUUAAGGGGCAUUUAUAAUUAUUUUAAAUUAUCUAAAUUUUAAUAUAAGAACAAUUUCCCUGCAUAAUUUUAGUACUUGAAUAGCUAUACAGCAAAAUUUAAUGUCUUUUUCUUUUUCUUGUUUCUUAAUUUGUAAGAGAUUUCAUAAAACUCCAGAAAAAAUAACAAUUGGCAAUCAAAAAACAAAAA